UUGUGUCUGUGUAAACAAAUGCGGACCAUUAUGAAUGAUUUCAAUAUGAAACGACGAACGGAAACGAUGGAUUUUCGUCAUUAUCGUCCUAAUUUUGAAAAAUGUUACAAUGAUCAUCAUCAACAAACGAUAAUGUCAUCAAAAUUGUGUAGCAAACAAAACUUUUCUCAUAAAUCAAUUACAACAUGUUUGUUGAUUAUUUUAUUCACCGCAACAAUCACAUUAAUCGAAGCGGUCAUUGAAGAACGAGUAUGUAUUGGAACCAAUGGCCGUAUGUCGGUACCAUCGAAUCGUGAUCAUCAUUUUCAAAAUCUACGAGAUCGUUAUACAAAUUGUACAUAUGUUGAUGGAAAUCUUGAGCUAACAUGGUUACAGGAUAAAAAUCUUGAUCUUAGUUUUUUACAAUACAUACGUGAAGUUACCGGUUAUGUACUUAUAUCACAUGUUGAUGUUAAACGUAUUGUAUUGCCUAACUUACAAAUUAUUCGUGGUCGAUCAUUAUUUAAACUAAAUGUUCGAGAUGAAGAAUUUGCAUUGAUGGUUACAUUAAGUAAAAUGGAAAAUCUGGAAGCACCUUCAUUACGAGACAUUUUGGUUGGUAAUGUUGGAUUUUUCAAUAAUUAUAAUCUAUGUCAUAUUCGUACAUUGAAUUGGGAUGAAAUACUAAGCGGACCUGGUGCCAAAACUAUUUAUGUGUAUAACUUUACUCAACCUGAACGUGCCUGUCCAAGUUGUCAUGAAAGCUGUCCCGAAGGAUGUUGGGGUGAAGGACCACUAAAUUGUCAGAAAUUUUCGAAAAUAAAAUGUUCACCACAAUGUCAUCAAGGUAGAUGUUUUGGAUCGAAUCCACGAGAAUGUUGUCAUCUUUUCUGUGCUGGUGGAUGUACUGGUCCGAAACAAAGUGAUUGUUUGGCUUGUCGCAAUUUCUAUGACGAUGGUAUCUGCAAGCAAGAAUGUCCACCAAUGAUGCGUUACAAUCCAGCUACUUAUUCAUGGGAGGUGAAUCCUGAAGGAAAAUAUGCUUAUGGUGCAACAUGUGUCAAAAAUUGUCCCGAACAUUUACUUAAAGAUAAUGGAGCUUGCGUGCGUAGCUGUCCGGUGGGCAAAAAAUCCGUCAAUGGAGAAUGUGUACCAUGUGAUGGACCAUGUCCGAAAAACUGUCCUGGUGUUGAUAUCGUACAUUCUACCAAUAUUGAUUCAUUCAAAGGAUGUACAAUUAUUGAAGGAUCAAUCACCAUAUUGGAUACAUCGUUUCAAGGCUAUCAGGAAGUGUAUCAAAAUUUUAGCUUCGGUCCACAUUAUCAGCCAUUUCAUCCAAGUCGAUUAGAAGUUUUCAGCACUUUACGAGAGAUUACUGGCUAUUUAAACAUUCAGGCAUCACAUCCAGAUUUCAAGAAUCUUUCCUAUUUUCGUAAUCUGGAAACAGUUGGGGGUCGAACAUUAACAGAAUAUUUUGCUGCCAUUUACAUUGUCAAAACAUCGUUAACAUCGCUUGGUUUACGGUCAUUGAAACGAGUUGAAUUUGGUUCGGUAGCUAUAUUAGAAAAUCAAGAUUUAUGUUUUGCUAGCCAGAUUGAUUGGAGAAAGGUAGCCAAUUCAUCAGCUCAUCAUAUAUUGAUGCAGAGUAAUCGAAAUGAAAGCGAAUGCCAGGCUGAAGGUCUAGUUUGUCAUUCUGAAUGUGCUUCAGAUGGUUGUUGGGGUGCUGGACCAGAUGAAUGUGUAUCCUGCAAAUCAUACAGGUUGGGUGAAACCUGUGUUUCGAAUUGUAACUCAUCACUUGGAAUAUAUGAUGCUGGCGAUAAAAUUUGUAAACAUUGUCAUGAAGAAUGUGAUGGUGCUUGUUCAGGGCCUGGACCACGUAACUGUCAGAAAUGUAAACACAUUCGAGAUGGACCGUUCUGUGUACGAGAAUGUCCAGUAUCAAAAUAUCCUCAAGAUGGCCAGUGUAAAUCAUGUCACGAAAAUUGUGUAUCCGGUUGUACAGGGCCAUUGAAUAGACUUGGUGAAAGUGGAUGUAAUAGCUGUGAGAAGGCAAUUGUUAGCAUGUAUGAUCCGAAUGUCGUUGAAGAAUGUCUAAAAGCCGAUGAACCUUGUCCGGAAGGAUUCUAUCAUGAGUAUAUUGGCCCUCAAGAAGAAGGCGCGCUCAAAUCAUUAACUGGAAAAUCGGUUUGUAGAAAAUGUCAUCAACGAUGUAAAAAUUGCACAGCGUUUGGUAUACACGUAUCCGUAUGCGAAUGUUUACGAUAUAGUUCAGGUGAACAAUGUGAAGAUCAAUGUCCACGUGAUCAUUAUGCCGAUGAAGAACAUCAUAAAUGUGUAAAAUGUGCAGAUGAAUGUCGUCGUUGUCGUGGCCCAACUUCUAGUCAUUGUAUUGCUUGUAGAAAUUAUCGUGUUUAUCUGGAUGAUGACAAAAAGACAUUUAAUUGUACGGCCACUUGUCCUUCCGAGAAACCAUACAAGGUAUUUGAGGAUAAAAAUGAAGAUCCAUUCUGUUCGGAUAAAGAUCCGAAUAUUAUGUAUGGCAGUAAUCCUGAAGAAGAUCCAUGGCCUGUAAUUAUCGGCGGUGGUGCUGUUUGUAUCGUUCUGUUUGGUGUAUUUUUAGCCAUAUUUAGCUAUCAAUGGCUUCAACGAGCCCGAACUAAAGAGAAUACAAUGAAAUUAACUAUGCGUAUGACUGGCUAUGAUGAUAAUGAACCUUUAAAACCAUCAAACGUCAAGCCUAAUCUAGCGCAGUUAAGAAUUGUCAAAGAAGCUGAACUACGUAAAGGUGGAAUUCUUGGCUUUGGAGCAUUCGGUACUGUAUACAAAGGCGUUUGGGUUCCUGAAGGCGAGAACUUCAAAAUACCAGUCGCUAUAAAAGUUUUACGUGAAGGAACUCAAUCGAAUACGAAUAAAGAAUUUCUUGAAGAAGCCUAUAUUAUGGCCAGUGUUGAUCAUCCUAAUUUACUUAAAUUGUUGGCUGUGUGCAUGACAUCGCAAUUGAUGCUCGUGACUCAACUGAUGCCCUUAGGCUGCCUGUUGGAUUAUGUUCGUAAUAACAAAGAUAAGAUUGGUUCGAAACCAUUACUGAAUUGGUGCACUCAAAUUGCUCGAGGGAUGGCUUAUUUAGAAGAGAAAAGAAUGGUUCAUCGAGAUUUGGCUUUACGAAAUGUUCUAUUGCAGACACCCGGAUGGGUUAAAAUUACUGAUUUUGGCUUAGCUAAAUUGUUGGAAAUAGAUGAAGAUGAAUAUAAAGCAGCUGGAGGCAAAAUGCCAAUCAAAUGGCUUGCUUUAGAAUGUAUUCAGCAUAGAAUCUUCACGCACAAAAGCGAUGUGUGGAGUUUCGGUGUAACAGUCUGGGAACUUUUAACAUAUGGUGGAAAACCCUAUGAAAAUGUCUCUGCGCGUGAUGUUCCGGAUUUAUUGGAAAAAGGUGAACGAUUACCACAGCCAACAAUUUGUACGAUUGAUGUUUACAUGCUAAUGGUUAAAUGUUGGAUGAUCGACCCUGAAUCACGACCAUCAUUUAAAGAGCUGGCUGAAGAAUUUGCCAAAAUGGCUCGUGAUCCUGGUCGUUAUUUAGUUAUCAAAGGUGAUAAAUUGAUGCGUCUACCGUCGUAUACGCAACAAGAUGAAAAAGAAUUGAUAAGAUCAUUGUCGAUGCCUAUCGAAGGGCCAGAAACCAUCAUGGAUGCUGAAGAAUAUCUUCAACCAAGUAAAUCAUUACAUGCAUUCAGUGGCUGCAAACAACAGCCGCCUCCGACACCAAUCAAAAAGUUCAUGGAUGAUCGUGGAUUUGAAGGUGAUCCCAUAAAUGGUGGUUUAAUUUUUAGCCACAACGAUGAUAUCGAUUCUCGAUUUAACGCUGCUCAACAUCGACACUUGGGUCCAGAAGGUCAAUAUAAUAAUAUGUUUAUGCACAGUUUGACCGAUUCAUAUGGAACGAAUCGAAUGUCAUUAGUAAAUGGCUCGAAUAGCCAUCAUUUUCGUGAUACAAGCCAUAACUCAACACUUGAUACGAUCAAACUUAUGGAUAAAGGAGAAUUAAAUGAAUUGAUUCGUCGAAAUAUGAUGAAUGGUCAAGCAACUUUAGAACAAUUCAAAUUUAAUUUACCUGUUGAUGAAGAUGAUUAUUUAAUGCCAUCACCUGCCGGUCCAGUUGUGAACCAAGUAACUUACAUGGAAAUGAUAAAUGGGCGAGCCAAUGGAGGUGAACUAAGAGGUUAUCCGAUCAAUUUCAAUCCCAACUGCCAACCAUUAAUGCCACAAACUUGUAUCGAAAAUCCAGAAUAUCUAUUGAUGAACAAUCGUGUUGAUCAUGAAUACGUUAAUCAAUUAUCACCAACGGCGCCUUCGAUUACAUCUGCUCAAACAUUUCCAUUACAUGGAAUGAUAUCACGUCGUAAACCAUUAUCAUCGACUUCCUCAUCAGUCACAUCAAAUUCAGCGUUCCAUUCAUUACAAGGUUCGUUUGGCAUUCAUCCAAAUAAUGCCGGUUUCAUACCGUUAAAUCCAAAUAAUACAAGAAAAUUCAGCUCAAGUGAAGAACCUGAAGAAUCUUCCGAUGAUCAUCAAUAUUAUAAUGAAUUGGAUUGGUUACAAAGAGAACUUCAGCCAUUAAGGCGAAGUGAAACCACAGUUUAAUUUUGAUCCAAAUUUGUGAAUAAACAAGGAAUGUGUAUACCUUUUGUCACAUAAUUAUAAUUAUCGACUUUUUUUUGGCAUUCAAAAAUUUUUUGUUUUUUUCUCAAUUAACCUGUAAAUAACAACAAUGUUUUGUAAAUAUUUGCCAUGAUAUUCUUUGAUUCUAGCUGCCAUUGUUUUUCUCAUUUCUGUAUUUAAUAUCAUUUGUGUAAUUAUUUUGACUGUGUAUAAUAAAGUUAUUCAUUUCAGUUUUAAUAUUCAAAUGAUUAAUUUGUUGCCCUGCUGAUUGUUUCUGUCUGUGAUCAGUCAAGAAUAAAUGACUGGGCUGAUAAUUUAGAAAUGUUUACUU